GCUACGUCAUAAAACGCCAACUUGUUUGUUGUGAUCCCAAGCGUUCACUGUAGUUUUCGGUCAAAGUUACUAGGAGGUAGCCUACGGAGAGUAUCCAGCAUGCAGACAGCGAGUGUAAGCAUUCAGGGGAGGGCGAAGUAAGUGAUGCUGAGCCAAUGGAGAUACUCGUGCGAGAAGCAUCUGCCCGAAACGCGAACUAACCGCUGGCAGAACGCUACCGUCUCCGCGUCGAGAUUCUCAUCCGACUGAAGUUUGAAGAAGCUCGCGCUAAUUCACUGACUGACUGGAUUCGCUCGAGCUAAACAAAACAGAAAGGCUGAUGUUUAUCCCACGGAUCUGCAGGACCGCACAUACCCGUCAUCUCCCAAAAAUCCCAGAAGACACUUCCUUCUAUGUGGAUUAAAGUCUAUAACAGGGAAACUAGAGCUUAAACAACUGGGAUUUUCCCAUGUUCUGUAGGAAAUGAGACUUUGGCAUCUGUCUUUUCUCUCUACCUGGACGAAAAGCCAAGGAAAGUGUACUAAAAGCUGACCGACAGGAUUAAUUUAACUUACAAAACUUACAAAAAAAACCCAAAGAAGACCCUGAUGGUGUCAUAUGAUAUGGACUAAAUCUACUCCGAGCGCCUAGCUGCAGUACUUUAACUCCUAAUGAAACUGAUGUUUUUCUGAAUAAUUCAUAGUCAGUCUGGAGCUGUUAGCCCUCCCGCACUGUGUGUUGUAGCAUGUGGCUUGGGUUCAACAUCCACAGCAUCGUAAUUACACAGCAGAACCGAUUUAGACCAAGGAGGAAACAUCUUUACAUCUGGAGAUAUGCUGUUAUGUAGAGGGAUGCACAACGCUGGAGACAUCUGAUCUACUUUUCUCACAUCUUUGGUUCUCUUUACCUAUGCGAUUACCCAAAAGAAGCCCAAGAGAUCCCGCUCUCUCUCACACAUGCACCUAGUAAACUUUCUAGUGCUUGUCUUUCUCUCCACCACUGACAUCCCAUUCACACAUCCCACUAUAAUGAAGCCUUUAAUUAAUGAUGCACAGGUUCAAAUUCGCCUGGUUCACUGACUAUCCAGGGCUGUUGGUCCCUGCAGACACAGUGACCUUUGGAGAGGGCCAGAUUACUGCUCUGUGGCCAAGCAUUUUCACACACACACACACACACACACACAUGGCCAUGCACAUGCAUGUACGUCCACGCUUGAGCCCCUGGCAGUAAAUAGUGAAUGGUAAAUGUCAGCGCUCUGGCCGUUGAAUUACACAGUUUAUUUGAAUAAGUGUUAGAGCACCACAAUCCCAUCAACAGCUUGCCUCUGUCCACACAUCGGCCUUCAGCAAGCUGGGAAUUUUCUCUUUGAUUAGCGGGAUUAUAUUGACUUUUAUCUUGAACUUGCUCUGUUACUGUCUCUCUUUUCCUGUUCCUUGCAGCGGCAGCCAUGAGGGUCGCACCGACACAUUUGGCAGGACCACAGAGCAGCAUUCCAUGUGGAUAAAUUAGUUUAUAUCGUGUCGGGGUUACACAUUCUUGCCAUAUUUUUUACAACUGCACGGCUCGUGGAAGACAACGGGAAAGACUUAAAAGGGCCUGAUGCACCUUUUAAGAGCAGCAACAAAAAUUGAUAAAUCAUCAAGAGGGAGUGAGGGCUAGUUCUUCACAGCCAGCGCUGAAGGAAACGCUCAACUCCCUCCACCUGCUGCCUCUCCUGCUCUCUAGCCUGAUGGUUUGUUGAUGCAUUUGCCUUGAUUUUUCCGUUCCUCAGCCUUCCCCCUUAUAAUGCUCUGUUGCUGGUGUGCCGUCCUGGAGCCAUGCCCAUCCCCGAGAUGGCUUUGAGCCCGGUCAAGUCUUUGUACUGGGAGGUGUUCCCCUCCAUGGCCACGCAGCGGGUGUACUGCACGCCUGUGCUCUGGGCCGGGAGCCUCUAUGUGCUGGGGGGCUGCAGUGAGAACGGCCUCCCUCUGGACUCUGCCGAGGUGCUGGAUCUGGAGAGCCAGCACUGGUGCGAGCUGCCCCCUCUCCCCACCGCUCGGGCCGGGGCAUCCGCCGUGGCUGUUGGAGACCAGCUGAUGGUCAUGGGAGGCAUGGACGCGCAGCAGAGGCCGCUGGCCUCAGUGGAAGUGUAUCACCCUGACGAGGGCAAGUGGGAGAGGAAGACUGGACUGGGCCAGGCCUCUAUGGGCAUCACCGUGCUGGAGAACGAUGGCAAGGUAUAUGCACUGGGCGGGAUGGGAGCCGACACGACUCCUCAGGCCUCAGUGAGGCUGUAUGAGCCGACGAAGGACCAGUGGCUGCCCCUCACCUCCAUGCCCACCCCGCGCUACGGAGCCUUCUCCUUCCUGCGCGGAAACAAAAUCUAUGUUCUGGGUGGGCGUCAGGGCAAGCUGCCAGUGACCGCAUUCGAGGCUUUCGACCUUGAGAUGAAGAGCUGGACGCGGUACCCGUGCAUCCCCAGCCGCAGAGCGUUCUCGUCAUGUGCUGCCAGUGACAGAGCGUUUUUCAGCCUAGGGGGUCUUCAGCAGCCAGGACCCCACAACUUUUACUCCAGACCUCACUUCGUCUCCACUGUAGAGGAAUUUGAUUGUGAGCAGGGUGUGUGGUUGAAGGCCACACGGAGCUGUCGCAUGAGAGAGAAGCGGGCAGACUUCGUAGCUGGCUGUCUCGGUGGAUGGGUCAUCGCUGCGGGGGGACUCGGUAACCAGCCGUCCCCGCUGGCAUCAGUGGAGAGUUAUAACCAGCUGAAGAGGAGAUGGGAACCCGUGGCUCCGUUACCCAGCCCUCGCUGCUCCUGUGCCUCCAUUCAGACCCCCAACAUGCUGUUCCUUAUCGGAGGGGUGUCCCAGGGUCCCAGCAACGCUGUGGAAGCCCUCUGUUUGAAAGAGAGAGAGUCUGACACACACUAAUGAACAACUACACAAAUCCUCACAUGCUGUACUUUCUGCAGUGUAAGCUCUGCAAACACACACUUGUGCAUACUGACGUCAAGCUGACGUGUAUGUCUCCGACAAAUAUUCACAGACUUUCCCCGCAGAGGACACAUCAGCUUUAUUUUUUGAAUAGUGGAGACAAUCUACUGGAGCUUGGAAAGCGUUCCACAGUUCUGCUCAGAAGAGUUUUGGACUGGAGAUCUAAGACAAGCAAAAAAUACAUAAAUAUAUCAUUCAUCUAACUAUAUUAAAUAUAGCAAUGUAUUAAUACAUAUAAUUAUUAAUAUAUAUAAUUAUAAAUAUAUUAGUAUUAUAUAUAAAUAGUAAUAUAUAUUUCAAUAGAUAGACAGGCACCUGCUACACUCCAGGCGCCUUUGGACUGUACAGCAUUUUUCAGUAUCAAAGCAGGGUCAUUUUCUGGCAAAAUAAGAGGAACUUAGGGCCAUAUCCACCACGCUGCCACAGCACACGUCUGAGGUAGCAUGUUUAGCACUUUUUGUAUUAUUGACAAACCGAGGAUCUUCUGCUUGAGACUUCAGAAUUGGGAGGUGGAUGUGUGUAUGUGUGUGUGUUUUUGUACUUUCACAGCCAUGCAUGUAUGAAAUUGUGCAUUGUUAUGAGUGAAAAGAGCAACUCUUAAAACGGUAAGUCACAGAUUCCUCACUGUAGCAUGAGACAGGGGAGAUGGAGGAGGACAUGGUUCAUCCUGCUGCUUAAUUAAAGGAAUGUUCUGGCUUCAAAACAGGUUUAGCUUGAAAGUAUCAGAAAUAUACUGUCGAUUAACACAGAUUAUCAUUUUAAUGUGUCCCUUAAAACAAGCAAAAAAAAAAGUUUACAGUAAUUAUCUUGCAAUGGAUAUUUAAGGGGUAAGGCAUGUAUUUUUAUUAAAGUGGUUUUAUUAAUUAAUCUGUACAAAAAUCUCUUAUUUAACCUGUUAUUUAUUAAGAUUUUUAGUGUUUUUGAAAAACUCACCAAGACUCCAUGUAUUUGAUCAAAUAUGAAGUAAAAUGGUAAUAUAGUGAAAUGUUUUUUUAACUAUUUAAAAUAACUGUUUUGUAUUUAAAAAUGUAAUUUACUCUUGUGAUGCAAAGCUGAAUUUUCAACAUCUUUACUCCAGUCUUCACAUGAUCCUUCAGAAAUCAUUCUAAUUGGUUGAUUAGCUGCUCAAGGAACAGUUCAUAUGAAUAGGAGUGAAAACCCUGCCAUAGUUUUUGUAGCUUUUGUCAUCAUAGCCCAAAAUAAAAACACAUGUAUAAGUAGGUAUGUUUUUCAAAACACCUCCUUUAAAUGGUUAGGGUAGAAGUUGAAAUAUUCAAUAUAACUUUUUCACAUGUUCACAUUUUUGUAAUCUCAUGUUGGCAUAAAUAUGGUAAAUUUUUGUGGUUACACUUUUAAAAAAAGAAAAAAAAAAUAGAUGUUGACCUGUAGUGUAAUGCCCUGCCCUACAGACUGACCACUGUAAGUCCAUUUCUGUAAAUAUAUACACUAUCAUAUUUGUUUUUAUUUGCUGAUGAACUAGUCGAAAAAUAUUCUCUGUGGAAAGAGAACUUGUAUAGAAUCCAGAACAUUCCUUUAAUACCCAGGAUGUUUGGGCAGUUUUUCUUCUGGAGUCUGCUGUAUGAGGAAAACCUUGACACUAAAUUAUCAGACACUACAAUUUUAUCAGUUCUUAAUAAAUCAACCUAGCACAUUUCCAAGAUCGCUCAGCACAUUGAGCACAGGAAAUGUGUUCGAAGCUCGAGUUCACAUACUGUGAUAUUCAUAUUUAAUCGGAAGUUGUUUCUUCAGGGUAAGAGCUAAUUCAAUCUAGUCAAUGGAGUUGCGAUUCACAGCUCACGUUAAUUGUUUCUGAGUGACCCAUUUACUGGGUGAGAGAUGAAUGUUCUCGGGGGACAUGGAGAGCUCACUUCUUGUACUUUUUGAUGAGAUAAAUCCCUUGAAGUAGACCUCAUACGCCACGUUUUCACCUUACCGUUGCCCUGUGAGGGUCUUGUAUCACCCCCACUGAUGAUUUGACAAGGGUAUCGGGUCACUGAGCUCAUUUAGCAUGCCGAAAACAGAACUCAUGCAUGUCAGGAAUAAACAAUGCAUAGUGACAGGUUUGAAUGCACUAAAUUCAGGUGCAUCUUUGCUACGAGAGGUCAGUGAGAGUUUGAUGUAUCUGGUCUGUGUGUGUUUGUAUAAAUAUGUGCACCCACACACCGGUUAUCAUCACGUUCUGGUCUCAGAGGGUUUGCUGACCUGUUGUUAUUGGGCGAUAUGGUGCCCGAGGGUAUAAUAAGAUGUUCAUAUUCAUACUGAUCACUGUUUGAGUGCGAACGGCUGUUUGUGUGUUUUUGGUUGGGAUGGUUAGGAUUGAAUGUCAGUUCAGUUUACAUCCAACAUUAAAAUGCCUCUUAGCAACGUCAGAAUCAAAGGAACAACAAAUACAAUCCACACACUUGUUUUAGACGGAUGCCUCCCCCUGUGAUGUUGUACUGGCAGAUGGCGAUCAUGUAUAUUGUACAGAGGAAAUAACAUAUUUCUGCCUGAAUGAAGCCAUGACAGCCAUGCACACAGACAACAGAGGACUGGAAGAUAUGUAACAAUUCCAGGAGAUGAGCUUUCUUCUUCUGGUCUCAUUAAUGUAGGUCCUGCUGCAGGCUAACUGAAAUAGCGAGUUCAUUUUCACUUUGCUUUAUGUGAGGUUAAAUGUCACACAGGUUCAAAUUUGAAACACCCUCCAGCACCGCAAGAGACGACAACGUGUGAAUAGAUGAUCUGAGGGAAAGAGAUAAUGCAGAGAGAAAUAUACCUCUAUUUUUUCUUUUCUACGAAUUCUGCAACAUGACACAUGACUCAUCUUGGCAGAGGACUUUUCGCCCCGAGUCUCAUUUCUGCUUCCUCUACGAAAUGGAAACUCUGAACUACUUUACUCUCAAUUAAAAAAAAUUAGCAAUAUGUUAAUCAGCCUGUUUUCUGAAUUCAUUUGACCACAAUCUGAGCGCUGACGAAUGUGGGUAAAGUCAGCUCAUAAUUUCAUAUCUAGAGGUGCGAAAUAUUUUACUCAGUUUCAGAGGUGUCGUUCAGACCCCUUCACAGUGCUCUAAAUUACUGGGAAUUUAAAUUGUUGGACUCUGGGCUUUUUAUUAUUAUUAUUAUUAUUAUUAUUAUUAUUAUAUAAACAUGUCCAAAAGCAUUUCGUAUUUUACCCUUAUUUGUAUGUAAAUCACUUUGGAGUAAAUGCAGUGUAUGGUCACCUAAACUCUUAAGUAGCAGUUGUUUUGCAGUGAUUUGUCAUGUUUCUCCAUGUUCUGAAUAUUCUCUGUGGUGGGUUGUUGAACUAAAUGCAGUUUCUCCAGUGCUUCGUGGGUUAAUCAAAUGUUUUGUUGCUUUGUGAGGUGACAGGCUGUCACGUUGACCCAUAAUCUUGAGCAGCUGUUGAGAUGGUCUGGUGUUUUUUAUGAUGUUGUGCUGUCAUGAGUGGUGUACUAGUGGUAGCUGAUGGCCUCUGACAGUCUUUAACACACAGUGCUGAUACUCUGGGCGCAUUUCUGCUUCUAACUCAUAAUCUCCAUAAGAAAAUCAAUCAAAAUCCACAUUAUCUCACUGCAUAAUUUCUAAUAUAGAUAUAUAAAUCUAGGUUUUAGUCCUGAGCAGAAAAUGCAAUUUUAGUUCAUGUUUUUUCACAUCUGAAAUAUUGCCAUGGAGGAUUGUUUCACACUGAGGUAGAUGAGCAGAGACACACAGUCGGCCCAGGGGAACUCACAGUGUCCCAUGAGAUUACACUGCACCCAUCCACACAGCGAAAGCUGUUUUACCCUCUAGCAUACUGUUGUCGACCACGCACUGAAUCAGCCUCUUUUCUUACACUUUGAAAAAACAGGUAACUGUUAUCCACAUUUAUUCUGUGAAGAGCGAUGGGACUCAUAAAUUUGAUGUUGUUUGAGCACUGUGCACAUGAACCUGUGUGAGUUGGGACAUUUAUUCAUAACUAGGCUAUUGAUGGCUGUCAAUUGAAGCUUUAUGUAAAAUGUUUGAUAUGAUUUGAAAUACAUUUUAUUUGCCUGUCUUAAAGGGAUAGGUCACCCAAAAAAUGUAAUCAUUCUAAAUCUGUUUGACUGACAAAAAAGGGCAUUUUGAAAGUUAAUGGGGUCAAAACAUUUAUUGUAUUUUUUGUAAACCAAAAAAGUAGUUUUUCAAAUUAUCUCCUUUAGUAUUCCUCAGAAGAAAUUCUGAACAGAUUUGGAAUGAUAUGAGGGUGCACAAAUAAUGACAGAAUGUUUAUUUUUGAGUGUACUUUACCUUUAAAGGUGCUGUAAGUGCUAGCAUUUCACUAUUUCUCUUUAUUAAAAAAAAAAAAAAAAAAAAGGUUAGGGUUAGAGACACGAACGUGCAGUGUUUGUGAUUAGCUAAUAUAGUGCUGGCGUGCCCUGAAUGUUUAAAUGUGUUUUCUGUUUACAGGAACUAACGCCGUCACAGAGAUGGGUGUGAUUUUUCAGGACACCUGAAUUACAGUUAUAUUUAUGUGUGGUAUUCCCAGAUUCCUAACUGCUUACAGCACCUUUAAUAAUGUCAGCAGGAUGAAGAGUAGUUAGAAAGCAAUAUAUAAACUGCACAGAAUAUGUGUGAAAUCUCUGGCACCGGUUGAAUCCCCCACUGUUUGUUACAGCAGAGAUUCGAGCUGCACAUCACAUAGAGAACUUCACUUGAAACUUAUAGAUGGGUUAACAUGGUCUGGAUUCAAGUCUGAAUUGUGUUGAACCGUGUUGACACACAAUUGCCAGUCCAGUUCAGUAGUUCAGUGCCUAUAUAUGUGAGGUAGUGCCUCUACUGCGAUUUCUGUAAUAAACUCUUUGAAUAUU